AUGAAGAUCGUAGAUAGCGUGGGUGUUACCUACGUUUGCGAGGCAUGCCCACCUGGUCAGCAGCAAAGAGGGGCUGGUGCUGUGGUUUGCGAGCCCUGCCCUUUGGGAACAUCGAAAGGUUAUCAAUCGAUUGAGAACUGUGCGCCGUGCCAGGCAGGUAAGUACCAAGACCAAGAAGGAACCCUGAUGUGCAAAGACUGUCCAAACAGCACCACCACAGUGCUUUUGGGAGUCACCAUGUUAUCGGAUUGUGUUUGCAAGGAAGGAACCAUGGACGUAAAUGACGCUGGGCAAAGCACGUUUGCUGUUUCCAAGGAAUGUGUCGAGUGCACAGAAGGCAUACGAUGCCCUGAUGGUGCCACACUCAAAGGGCUGCAGGUUGGGCAGAAUGUGACUGGGUUUUCUGGCCCAGCAAUCUUGGAGGGUUACUUCAGCUGGUCAAAAGAACCUCUCAGCAUUUACAAAUGCCCUGAGCCCUUUUGUCCAGGAGGUCGUCCAGGUACUUGCCAAGGUGGCAGAUUAGGUCCUACUUGUUCGGAAUGCGCGGCCGGAAUGUAUUGGGCAAAUGACCAAUGCACUGUUUGCGAAGUACCACUGAAAGUCACUUGGUUUGUGGCCAUUGUGGCGGCUUUUGUACUGAUGAUAGCCGCGUACUAUGGCACAGACCCACGCUACAGGGCUCGUGCCACGGUGAAGGAAUGCAUGUCAAUAGGGACAGAUUUGAUGCUAGCCUUUGUGCAAAACUUGGGCAUCCUCAGUGCAGUACAAGUUCCAUGGCCUGGCGAGUUGAGAGUGCUCUUCGAGUUUUCUUCGAUUUUUGUUCUCAAUCUCAAGGCCAUGGGUUUCAACUGCGCCUCGCAUGGCGACAUGCAGCAAUACGUUCUGUGUGCGGGUGUAUUUCUGGCAGUUACUGGGACUUUGCCAACGUUGGGUGCCCUCUCUCACUUCCUUCCGAGUUUGAAACGCCGCGAUUUGUCGUGGAACUUCUACAAAACAAUUUGCGUCACUGGGAAGUUCUUGCAGUCUGGCUUCACUACACUGUGCAACAUUGGCAUGGUGCCCUUCAUGUGUUUUCUACACCCGAACGGUACGCACAGUAUUUUGAAGUAUCCAAACACGUUUUGCAACAGUUCAGAGCACUGGGCCAUGCAAAUUGGAGGCACUGUGGUGCUCCUCUUGGCAAUGACCCACUUUAUCGUUUGCGCUUGGGCAUGCCACCAAGCACCUGUGUGGUCUAGAUCAACUCCGCAUCGACUCGUUGGUAUUGGUUUUCUUUUGGCAAACUACCGACCAUCUACCUGGUGGUUUGGUUUGACGCUUCUGAUCCGGGGCCCUUUGCUAUCGUUCCCAGCUGUGGUUGCCACCAAUUCACCAGGCAUCAAUCUCACCAUGAUGUUCUUUGUGUUGCAAAUAUCUUUUGCUUUGCAGCUCUAUUUCUUGCCGUGGAAAGCACCCAUUCUCAACAUCGUCGACGCAACAGCAACCAGCCUCUUCCUCAUGUUGCUUGCAAUCUCAUUGCAUUUGGAAGAUGCUAAUCGUUCCCUGGUGGUGCUAGAAUUGGUGGGAGUUGGUGUUUACUACGUAAGCAUCGGCGUCAUUGCGUGCGUUUGGUUUGUCUCUUUGGCCCUCCUGGCAUGGCAGCGCUGCUUUGCUGCAAGGAGGGAGCCAAAGAUUGUCAACUUAGGGGCGUUGCCGGAUGCCAACGACGUGCUCUCUGCCAUUGAGUUGGUCACAAUGAGCUUGGCACAAAAGACGGACAAGCAAAAGGAGUUCCUCCUCAAGAAAAUGUCCUUUGAAAUCUCUGCCUAUGAUUUGCGUAUUGUGGGUCAGGCUUUGGACAUUCUGUUUGACGAUUGCGAACUUCGCCCUGUCAGUCAGAGCGCUGCUGGAGCUACCGCCCGCCUUGCUGCUAAGCGGAUGAGCCAAAUGACCAGGAGGAGUAUCACGUAUCUUCGGCCGUCUUUGCAAAAAGAGUUGGAGGAGGAGGCCCAGGAGGUGCAUGCUGACACCAGGAUAGUUGGGGCAGCUGGUGCGCUUGAAGAGCAGCCUGAGGGGGUUGACGCGGAGGUUGAGGUCCGCCAGGUCCACAGUUUCAAUAGCUCAAUCUCUUCCUUUCGAGACGACGCUCUUUGA